CCUUCCCCCCUCCCGCCCUUCUUUCUGUCUUUCUCUUUCUAUCUGUCUCCCUCUACCUCGAGACACUGAGAACGAUCAGCUGUUGUGGAUGUUCCAUACAUCGUAGUGAGAUCAGCGGACGGACACCGAAUCUCGGAAUACUAAAUGUAACAUCAAACAGUGCUGAUGUGAAAAGCCGUUACGACACUUGGAAAUGAGACGAUAGUUCAACGACGGUGCCGUUUCAGAAGUUUGACGCGCAGCACGUAGAGUCUGUGCAGUACGUGACGCUCGAACUGCGGGGAUUAUGACGAGCAGCGUAAGAGUCCAUCGACAUUUGCACAGCUACACCACGGUAAACCGUGCGAGUCUGCCAUGUACAUAUGAUUAUCCGGGUUCAUGCGUUCCCUUACUAUCAACGGCGAGCGAACAACGACGACGGACGCGGAAGGAAACAGUCCCCCAAGCGGGGAUCAGCGAACGCAGGCCUCCUCGUCGUCUGUAACUGGCAGUGACAUCCAGGGGAUGCCUAGUCUACACUCGCUCGUCUUACGACGGGCACCACUGAUGGACAUGGGCGCAGCGACCAGUUCGGUCACGUCUGUCACUCCUCCCACUAAGCUAGCAGCUAGCCAGAAAAAGAUCGAGAAGGCCAAGCUCAGUGGCAUCAGAUUACCCCUGAUACGCAAGGAGGCCAGUGUGGUGAAUCUCUCCCUAACAGAGAGGGCGGUGCCAGGUAGAGAAGCAGACGCGCCUCUCCUGCGUCCUGAGAGUAGCGCAAGUCUGGAAGCACGCGGCGGCAGUUGGAUAAACCUGGGUCCUGGCGCCUUGAGGAAAUGUGAGACCGCCGUAGGAUUGAGCACCUCGGCACUCGAAGGAAGACCCAUAAAUCGCAGCAGAGUUUGCUCCCGCUGCUCCAGCCUGCUGUCCUUGGCGUCCAGUUCGCGUUACAGCCUGGCUGCUGGCAAUUUCGUUCCUGCAAGCUCACAGCAGACAAUCGGACGGAUAUUUUGUAAACUGUGUCUUGUUGACACUUCUCUCUCCAAAACAUUUAAGAUUGAGGGAUGCGGUUGUUCCUAUUGUAAAGAUUGCAUGCAUGCCUAUGUAGAAUUUGAGAUUGAGGAAGGCGCGUACGAGAUUAGUUGUCCUGAUGCUCAGUGUGAUCAUGGCGCUAUAUUAUCUUUGAAGGAGAUAUCAAGCCUUGUCAAUACAGAACUUGUGGAGAAGCAUUGCAAGUUUCGUUUAAAUAGAGAUGUGUCGAUGGAUAAAGGACGUGCAUGGUGUCCACGAGCGGGUUGUGAAACAAUAUGUUCAAUAAAUGGCAACAGUGGAAGCGGCUCUCCUUUAGGCCCUGUUCACUGUCCCAAUUGCUCCACAGAUUUCUGUUCAAUAUGUCGCGAGCCUUGGCACAACGGGCCCUGUUCAGAUCUUCCACUAGGAAUACCGUUCAGUAGCGAUCACAUUAAAUGUUGUCCUAUGUGUUCUGUGCCGAUAGAAAAGGACGAAGGUUGUGCUCAAAUGAUGUGCAAAAGAUGUAAACACGUGUUUUGCUGGUACUGCUUAGCAUCCUUAGAUGAUGAUUUUCUGUUGCGACACUACGACAAGGGACCAUGUAAGAAUAAAUUGGGACAUUCACGUGCGUCCGUGAUAUGGCAUCGAACGCAAGUUAUCGGAAUCUUCGCUGGUUUUGGCCUACUUCUACUUGUCGCAUCGCCCUUAUUGUUAUUAGCAGCACCUUGCAUCGUAUGCUGUAAAUGUCGUGUUUGCGGCUCUUCCAGACUCGAACAAGAGGAAGGCGACACGACGACAUAGGACUUUCCAAACUUUUUAAUAAAUUCUCGCUUAAUUGUUUCUUUGAGCUAAAAUAUAAGCACUCUUCCUAGGCUUUCAUGCAUGGGAGGCAAUAUAAUUGGCAACUUAUAUAGAUAUACAUUGCAUUUUGUUAAGUUUAUGUUUUAUUUUUUGUGCGCCUUACUAGGAGAUACAUAAAAGGGCAAAUGUAUAUCUCAGUCAAGAGAGGAGAGACAGAGCAUAUCAUGUGAUUAAUAAUAUCUAUAUUUAUGUUUUAUUUAGAUAUUGUUUGGACAGAAUAAGAGAUAUUGCACUUUGUAGUUACAACAUGUUUGUUCUCCUGAUAUACAUUUAUUUUUAUAUAGUCACUUAAUAAGUUUUUUAUGAUGAUUAUUUUUAUAAAAAAAAGAUUAUUUUUGUGAUGACUCGUCAUUAAUUAUGUGAUUUAAGCAAAUCUAAUAAUUAACAAAUACUCAUAACGAAUACAUGAACAUUCCAGAAUUUACAUAUAUUUCGGAUGUUAGAUUUCUUAUACUGCCGCACAAAGUAUGCUACAACCGAACGUUGUAAAAACACAAUUUGUGUUGUACAUCAUAAUUGUGUAUUUGUUGCUAUUUAUCAGAAUGUGAGCUUAUUUUCUUGUUGCCCUGUAAAACGGUGAUAACAAGACACCAAUAAAUCAUUUGGUUUUUCUUGAUUUUUACAUUAUGUAUAACAUAAUUAAAUUAAAAAAUUUAUAAUUUUAAAAUAUUACAGUGUGUGUAUAUCUAUAUGUGUGCCCACAUCGAAAUACCGUGCAAGGCUCAGAUCUACAUUUUUAUAGUGAAACGAAUGAUCAUGUGAAGUAUUAGUUUGCACAAUAUUUUAUUCUUGUUAUCUUAAUUUGUGGGUGCUUUUAUAUUUGGUGAUUUAAUCGCAUGUAUAUUACAUGUACAUUACUUUAGAACGAUAAAAGCAUAUAAUGAGUAAAAAUAGCUAUUACAUACAAGAGGAUCUAUCUCAUGCAAUUAUGCAUUUUAUCAUUGAAAUCGAGAGAAUGUUGUUAAUAUGUAUUUAAACACGUUAUCAUUAUCAAUCGAUGCGUGAGCUGUGCAGUUAACGUUUGACAUUAAGAAUCUAUAAAUCAAUAUAUGUGCCAUGUGAUUGCGAGACUCCUGAAAUUACUUCCAGAAGCUCGAAAUCUGCGACGAAGUAAAUUCGCAUCGAAACGUGUUAAUUACAUUCAUAAUAAUUACCUCUAUUAUGCAUUAUAAAUGAAAUUUAGAUUAUUGAAGGUCACGGAUAUGAAUAAUCAAUUUUGGACAAUAGUAUAUGUUAUCUUCAAGAAAAAACAAACAGAUUCUCAAUGCAAAAAAUAAACGAUACAAUAAAAUAUCAAAGAAACAA